AAAUUUAAACAAAAAAAAAAGAUGGAUUUUGUCGUAGAAAAGGAGCCAAACGAUGUGCAAAAAUUGUAUAAAGAGAAAAUCGCCGAUCAAUUGGAUAAGCGAAAUCGUGAACGACAAGAGCUGGUGAAUGCAAAGCAUGAACUACAACAGCAGAACAAUGCAUCAAAUGAAAGCUUAGAUUAUUUUCAAGAAACAUUUCGAGCACAAGUAACAACAAUUGAAGACGCCUUGGCCAAUUUAAAACCGAGCAACGAUCGUAUAAAACUCACGCAAGACAUCAAUAACAUUCACGAAGACAUACAAAGUUUGCAGAAUUAUCUAACCGCUUCAACAUUUUUCCUAUCGAAUUACACAAUAAAAGCAUGUCAAAGCAUUUUGAAUGAUUUAAAAGCACGAAUCGAAGUAACCAAAGAUAAGCUAUUGGCUAAGAAAAAAUUCAAUUUUCGAUCAAAAGUCGAUGCUGCAUCCACAUCGAGAAGCACAACAACCGUCGAUGCAGCACCCAGCAAGCAACAGCCAACAGCAAGUACUGUAAACGAUGCAUUUCAAUGGACACUACAAAAUCGACAAAAUGCUGAAAUUGUUUUAGUUCCCGAUGACACAAACAAUAAGGAUAUUACCGUUUCAACAUUAGACAGUUGUUUAUUAAAAAUUUUUGGCCAUCCCGCUUUGCUUCAACUUUCGCAUUUGACAAAUUGUGUCAUUUUGUGUGGACCAGUGAGCCGAUCGAUAUUUGUUGACAAUUGUACCAAUUGUAAAUUUGUCUUUAGUUGCCAACAAAUACGAUUGCAUACAUCGCAUCAUUGUGAUUUGUACGUGCAUGUUACGGGCCGGACAAUCAUCGAAGAUUGUAACAAUAUCAAUGUCGCACCAUAUAAUUAUAGUUACACAAAUAUUGACGAUGAUUUUGUUAAGGCCGGCUUAGAUACGACGAAAAAUAACUGGGAGAAUGUUGGCGAUUUUAACUGGCUGUCGAAGGAUAUUCAAUCGCCCAAUUGGCAACACAUUGCACCCGAGCAACGCAUUUCAUGUUGGACCGAUUACUUAACCGAUUUUCGGCAAAAGAUUUUAUCCACAUAAAACCAAUUCUUUUUUUUUUUGCUCUGCUUAACUGCUUGUAAUAACAUCAAAAACUCUUUAAUUAAACAAAAAUCUGUUGAAUAAAUUUUCCAAACACAUUAAUCACAAA